AUGGAUUCACUUGACAACGUCAGCGCCAUCAAGAAUAUUAUCGUUGUCGGGGUAGGACCAGCAGGCCUCCUAGCAGGUCUGAUCCUGUCUAAAAAUGGCCUACCUGUCACUCUGAUGGACAUGGGCCAAAGCCUGGAUACAAAUACUCGCGCAACACAUUAUGCAGCGCCGGCGGUAACAGAGUUGAUACGUGCCGGCGUCAUCGACGAUGUCAAGGCCGAAGGAUUUCAACCUCAUGGCGUAAGCUGGAGGAAGAUCAACGGUGAAAAGAUAGCAUCAUUGAAUGCCGAUGUCCUUGGAGACGCACCGGACAGGAUGGUUUGCCUUCCCUUGGACAAGUUGGUAAUGAUAUUGAAGCGCCAUCUUGAUCAACGGAGUAAAGUCGAGAUCCUGUUCGACCACGAAGUUAAAACCAAGGGCGGAGAGAGGCGGUUUGCAGCGCAGUAUAUCAUCGGCUGUGAAGGCGCCAACAGCAAAAUCAGGCGAAGCCUUUUCGGCGACUGGGAAUUCCCAGGCUUCACAUGGGACAAACAGGUUGUUGCCACGAACGACGACUCCAACUUUAUCGUUGAUCCGGACAAUUGGUUUAUGGCCGCGAAGAUUUCCAACGACGGCCUCUGGCGAGUGACCUACGGGGACAUCACUGGUCUUACGCGGGAAGAGCUCAUAGCGAGACAACCCAUGAGAUUCAAGGAGAUCCUACCCGGUCAUCCAGACCCAGAUCUAUACAAGUUGGCUAACAUCAGCCCGUACAAAGUCCACCAGCGCCUGGCUCACAGGAUGCGUGUUGGAAGAUUCCUACUGGCUGCAGAUGCCGCGCACUUGUGCAAUCCUUUCGGUGGAAUGGGCUUGACGAGUGGUAUUGUUGACGUUGGCGGCCUGUGUGACUGCUUGCUCGCCAUUCACCAUGGCAAAGCUGGCGAAGAAAUCCUGGACAUCUAUUCGGAGAAGCGGAUGGAAAAAUACGAGACGGUCGUGGACCCGAUAUCUAGUGGCAACUUUCGACGACUGUUUGAGAACGAUCCGGAGAAAGCUACAGAGAACAAUGAGUUCUUCAAGCUUUGCCUAAAGGCCGGAUCAGACAACGAUCUGGCGAGGCAGCUCAAUACGGGCGUGAAUAUUCUCAAGUGUGAUUUCUCGCAACACUUUACCCCUGCAUCGUCGGCGGCACAGAAAGUCUGAUAAGCGAUGCGGAAUGACUGAUAUGCUUUGGUUGAAGUUGUGUUCAGUUAGCUUAAAAUCAAUUGCUUCGUUCGGUCACAAUAAAUUGUCAGCCGACUCUGGAGACUCAUUUGCUCGGUCGCCAGCGGACCCUUUUGUGGUUUGCAUAACCUUCUUCGAAAUUCAUCGAAAGAGUUAAAGAUAUCGUUCAACAU